AUGUCGGUCAACAAACUCGCUGCAGACCGCAACCAGAAGCUCGUGCUAGAGAUCGCUGCCCUCCCGGGAAACGACAUUUGCGCCGACUGCAAGGUCAGGAAUCCCCGCUGGGCCUCAUAUAACCUCGGAAUCUUCAUCUGCGUCAACUGCGCCAGCAUACACCGAAAAAUUGGAACUCAUGUCAGCAAAGUGAAGAGUUUAACCAUGGACUCGUGGACUAAGGAGCAGGUCGACCGGAUGCGCGAAAUGGGCAACGCCAACUCGAAUUUCAUCUAUAACCCAAACGAGACGAGACAUCCACCGCCGCCUAACUUGCUUGACGGAGAGCGCGACAGUGAGAUGGAACAAUUCGUACGAUCCAAAUACGAAUACAAGAGCUUUGUCGACCGCUCGGCGCUUGUUGCAUCCAAGCUAGGCCCUUCCAGGUCAUCAUCGUCUACAGCGGCAAAAUCGUUGACAGGAGGCCCUUCGACAUCCAGACUGCCACCUCGGUCAAGCACUGUUGCUGCGGAACCUCCAAAGACCAUCACUCCCAGCACCAGCAGAUCUUUUUCUCAUCCUCCUCCAAGCUCGCUGGCUUCCCCGCCUGCGCCGACUCCGCAGCAACCACCAACUCAACAACUGUCAUCGUCCCAACAACUGGGCGGUGUUUGGAACGAUCUAAUAUCAUUACAAACACCUGCGAUGAACUCUUCACUCCCACUGCAAGUUCAAGCAAACCCCACACCGGCGUUUCUGCAACCCAUUCAAUCUCAACAACCACUCAUGACGGGUUAUCAGCCUCAGAUGAUGCCGAUGGCGACUGGGAUGGGGAUGGGAAUGGGAAUGGCCCACCCUCAAUUUGCACCCAACUUGACUCCCCAGUCUAUGCAAAUUCCGAUGCAGUUCCAACAACAACAACCUCAAUUCGUCGCCGCACCUUCACCACCCAUAUUAUAUAACCCACAACCUCAACCAUUUGGCUCGCAGCCAGUACAACCGAUGUAUGGUAGCCCUGCUCCUAUUCAAAUGACUCCCUCGCCAGUCCCAAUGCACACACCAAGCCCUGGUAUUGGCAUGCAACAGCCGCAGAUGUACCAACAACAACAACCACAAUUUGGUGGGCCUUCCAUGGGAAUGGGCCAACAACCCAUGAUGACGAGUCAGUUCAUGCCGCCUGGAAUGCAAAUGGGAACUAUGGGUACGAUGCCGGUAGCUACGGGUCCGCAGUGGAUGACCCCAAUGACACCGAAUAUGGGUUAUAUGCCUCAGCAGCAGGGACAAUGGGGGGCUAUGUAG